CAAAGGACAGUGAGAAAGCCUACAAGGUUUCGCUGCAGAUUGACCGGUUGAGGGUAUAAUUGUAAUACUACAUAUCCUAGGGUUUCUACCUCAGCUAUAAAAGCCUUUGUCUUCCUUGCUGCCAGCACCGGCGUUUCUGAGUUUGUGUUCGAUUAAGAGCCUUUUCGGAGCCCUAAAACCCUCCGCCGACAAUCAUGGGUAUUUCUCGGGAUUCCAUGCACAAGAGGCGUGCCACUGGAGGAAAGAAGAAAGCAUGGAGGAAGAAGAGAAAGUAUGAACUCGGUCGGCAGCCUGCAAACACAAAAUUAUCAAGCAACAAGACUGUACGCAGGGUUAGAGUUCGAGGAGGCAAUGUGAAGUGGCGUGCCUUGAGGCUGGACACAGGAAAUUACUCCUGGGGUAGUGAAGCUGUGACCCGAAAAUCUCGUAUUCUGGAUGUUGUUUAUAAUGCAUCCAAUAAUGAGUUGGUCCGGACCCAGACUUUGGUUAAAGGUGCUAUUGUUCAAGUAGAUGCAGCACCUUUUAAGCAGUGGUAUGUUCAGCACUAUGGAGUCGACAUUGGCCGCAAGAAGAAGUCUGCUGCUAAAAAGGAAGGAGAGGAGAGCGAAGCUGCUGCUACGGAAGAAGAGAAAAAGAGCAACCAUGUCCAAAGGAAGCUUGAAAAGCGACAAAAGGAGCGUACAAUUGACCCGCACAUUGAGGAACAAUUCGGUGGCGGCCGUUUGUUAGCUGCUAUUGCUUCACGCCCCGGUCAGUGUGGCCGUGCUGAUGGCUACAUCUUAGAAGGAAAAGAGCUCGAGUUUUACAUGAAGAAACUCCAAAGAAAGAAAGGCAAGGGUGCUAGCGGUGCCUAAACUUCCCGAUGGAUUUUCCAUCGCCACACAAGGUUGGUCAUGUUUCUAUCAGUUUUGUUUUUGUUGCAACGCUAGAGAUGAGUUGUUCUUUUUUUUCUCGAGUGUUUUGAACUAUCGCCGAUUUAAUAUCAUCUAUUCUUAUAUCAUUGACAACCACCAUCCAUUAGGGUCUGUUUGGUACAUAGAAAUGAAGAAACAUAUCAAUUAUUUUUCAUUCCUUAUUUAUGUCGAGAAAUGUUAAGAAUCGGUAAUUGUGAGUU